CGUGGCAAUAUAAUAAAGUAGGCGUGGUAACCCAUCAGCUCCGCAGUUUUAUUGGAUGGCCCAGCCGCCGUCAAGCAGCUCUCACUGACGUGAAGUGUUGUCAGAAAGCGCGCCAAAGGAGAUCUCACGUUAUAACGUGUUGCUUGUUAUUAAAGCAGAUCAAAAUGGCAUCAACAAGCAAGGUACCUCUUCAGGCCAGGAACUUGCCAUGGGUUGAAAAGUACAGACCACAGACGCUGGAUGAUUUAAUCUCACAUCAGGACAUUCUGAGUACAAUUCAGAAGUUCAUCAGCGAAGACCGACUGCCACACCUGCUGUUUUACGGGCCCCCAGGAACAGGAAAGACCUCCACCAUUUUAGCCUGCGCUAAGCAGCUCUACAAGGAUAAAGAGUUCAACGCCAUGGUUCUGGAGCUCAACGCUUCAGACGACCGCGGUAUAGACGUGGUUCGAGGCCCCAUCCUCAGCUUCGCCAGCACCAGGACCAUUUUCAAGAAAGGUUUUAAGUUGGUGAUUCUGGACGAGGCGGAUGCCAUGACCCAGGAUGCUCAGAACGCUUUAAGGAGAGUGAUCGAGAAGUUCACCGAGAACACUCGGUUCUGUCUGAUCUGUAACUACCUGUCUAAAAUCAUCCCUGCGCUGCAGUCGCGAUGCACGCGGUUCCGUUUCGGACCUCUGUCCCAGACCCAGAUGAUCCCCAGACUCGAGCACGUCAUCCAGCAGGAGAGCAUCGACAUCACUCCCGAUGGCAUGAAGGCUAUUGUGACGCUGUCAACGGGAGACAUGAGGCGAUCGUUAAACGUCCUACAGAGCACUCACAUGGCCUAUGGGAAGGUGACCGAGGAGACGGUUUACACGUGCACAGGACAUCCUCUGCGCUCAGACAUCGCCAACAUACUCGACUGGGCCUUGAACAAAGACUUCACCUCAGCAUAUAACCAAAUCCUACAGCUGAAAACUCUGAAAGGAUUAGCGCUGCACGACAUCCUGACCGAGCUGCAUCUUCUCAUACACAGAGUGGAUUUUCCUCCAGCGAUUCGGAUGGGCUUGCUGAUUAAGCUGGCCGACAUCGAGUAUCGCUUGGCCUCUGGAACCAGUGAGAAGAUUCAGCUGAGUUCAAUGGUAGCUGCUUUCCAGGCAGUUAGAGAUAUAGUGGUCAGUGAUGCCUAAUCCAGUUAUCACACACCCACACACACCACAGAAAU